AUGACAGUAAAUUAUCAGCUGGAUGUCUCAUCUGGACAUCCACUGACAUUUCUGAAAUUAUUAUCGAGGUGGCGAGGUUCGAUUUGGAAAUCGGUGUUUUGGGAAUUGGCGGUUUGGCUGGUUUUGUAUUAUUCGAUUUAUGCAGCUUAUCAUUUUUUAUUGCCAAUGGAGAAUAAAAGGUUUGCGGGGGGGGGGGAUAAGCUUCCGCGCGGCUUCCGCCGCUUCGGCCACGUGGCGGCUUCGCGCAAGCUUGCGGAGGGCCUUAUCAAUCGAAAUCACUUUCAAUUGAUCAUUGAAACAGCUUUGUUAGAGAAAAAAUCAAACUGUUUUGUCUCGAAAUCUUAUUCGUAAUGAUUUUGAAACGUAUAUUUUCGAGGUUUUUUCCAGAAUCUUCGACGAGAUCUCAAUUCACUUGGACGAUCGUAUCAAAUACAUCCCACUAACAUUUCUCCUCGGAUUCUUUGUGACAACAGUUUUCGAAAGAUGGCGAAGCGCUCUAAAUGUGAUGCCAUUUAUCGAAAGUUGCGCAUUCACUGUGGCCGCGUUGAUUCCCGGCAAAACUGAGGAAGAUCGAUUGUAUCGGAGGAGUAUUAUUCGAUAUGUGAUUUUACAUCAGGUAAAUAUUUCGAAAAUUAAUGAAUGUCGGUGUGUGCGCGGCGGUCGCGAUGCGGAUUGGUCAUUUUUUGCGUUUUCAAAGUUUCGCUGUUGUUAUUUAUCAUUUUUUCAGCAAAAUGGGUGAAAAUAUUCACAAAAUUGAAUAUUGUAGGGUUUUCCGACUGAAAACUUAGGCAAAAAUUACCAUUUUGUGUAAAACACAGCAUUUUCGAGGAAAACAUGCAAAAAAACAUGGAACGCAUCGCGACCGCGCGCGCAUACACCGACAUUCAUUGAUUUUCGAAAUAUCAUCGAAAAUCUCACGCGCUCCACCGAAAUAAACACGCAACGCAGACCGCGCCGCGCCACAACACACACAAAUAAGGGAACGAUUCAAAUUCCCUCCCUUUUUUGUGUGUGUUGUGACGCGGCGCGGUCUGCGUUGCGUGUUUAUUUCGGUGGAGCGCGUGGUACCGAUCGGGGAAAUAUUCAGAAUUAAAACUGGGCGUGGCUUAAAUGGCAACUGCCGCACACAGUUUUUGCAUGCCGAAAUGAUUUUAUUAUUAUUAUAAAAAAAAACUUUAGAAUCGUUGCCAUCUGAACAAUGUGUAA